ACUGGGAAGAAGCUGUGCUACAAAGGCACCACAUUCCAUCGUGUGGUUAAAAACUUCAUGAUUCAGGGUGGGGACUUCAGUGAAGGUAAUGGAAAAGGAGGUGAAUCUAUUUAUGGUGGCUAUUUCAAAGAGAAUGUGGUCUUUUGCAAAAUGAAAAGGUAAGAGACAAAAGCUCAGUAACACCAAUUCAAACUCUGUUCCCUUGUCCCCUCCCUAGUAAAUAUAUAGACAACUGCUAAGUCCCUUUUAGAUGGAUAUCUGUGUUGCUUGGAGAAAUGAAGAGUUUGUGUCUAACCUUUCUGAGGGUUAAUGACUUAUUCUGGGAGAAAAUCCACAUAAUUCCAGCUCUAAACAGUGAUUUCUUCUUUUGUCAAUGUCCCUUUUCCUCCCCUUCCCUACUCAAGGUUUGUAUGCUUAGGGUUCAUUUCUGACUUUAUUUAUAUGCUACACAAGUCAUUUUCCUUGCAAAGAAUUGAUAAAUAAAUGUACAAUUACCUCUUGUAAAAAUCUGUUGGAAGGAAAAUGGUGAGUUUUUAAAUUAUUUGUUUCAAGACAUACAGUUAUUUCUUUAAAAAACAGGUGGUUACUGUGAUAUUCAAGUGUUAAGACAGUGAAUAUAUUUAUUUACAGCCUCUGGUUCUGUGUGUGUUGCAAGUAGCUCUGGUUAGAUGCAUGAAAAUAAGUUUCUCUUAAAAAAGAGGCAGUUUGAUGUGGGACUAUUGAAGUUUUUAGUCAAGGAAAAGCUUGAACAGAUCCAUUUACUAAGAAGUUACUCAGGGUUUGUUUCUUAUGGUGAGUGCUAAAUAUGCAGGAUUGUGUUUUGAUAUAUGAUCUAAAAAUUAAUAGCUCUGUACAUUUAAAUUAGUAUUUUUAUCUUUGGAAAUGACCUGGAGAAGAUCUGGUCUUAUAUUUUGCUGUACAACCAGAACUCCUCUUUAAUUCACUGUAAUAUAAAAUGCAUGUUCAGUUUACUCUUAAUGGCUUUUGUACUUAGAUUCAGAUACAGAGAGGCUUUUUCCUUCUAUGCUUUGAGACUUCCAGUUUCGAGUGUAGAGGUGGCAUCUUUUAGUGUGCCAUGCCAGGGAAAUAAUCAGCUUUUUCUCCUGACCUUUCCACCUGGAGUGUAAAUAACAGCAUCAUGUAUGUUCAUUCUUGUUUUAGAAUGUCAGUAAUUCUGCCAACCUUGUUCUUACCCAAAUAACUCAGGAUUUAAAUCCAUUAUCUCAUGUUUAUUGAAGACACUCUUAAUUAUUUUUAAUUAGAAGUGUUUGCACUAUAUCUGCACCAUUUUAAGAAACAAAGUUUUGUCUAAGCUGUAAUUUGAAGAGACUUGUUUAAACCUGAUUGUUUUUCCUGCAACCUGUUCCCGUUUCUCCAGCAGCAGCAGAAUUUCUCCUUAGAUCAUCCAUAAGUUACUAAGAAAACAACCUGUCUCCCUUGCCAGGGAAAAUCUGACAAACAUAUUUUUUCUUCAAACAGAUGAAAACUUUAUUCUCAAACAUGACAGAGCGUUCCUUUUGUCAAUGGCAAACCGAGGGAAACAUACCAAUGGUUCCCAAUUUUUCAUGUGAGUAGAUGUGAUCCCACAGUGGAGCUUUUCUUACACAGAGAAGCGCUGUUCAUGAGAAAGAUGGUAUUGCUAAAUUCUCCAUAUCCAUGUUCUCCAUCUGAUCCUGGCUAGGAGUGAGUGGCACCUGCAGCAGGAAAUGUUAGACAGCAAUAUUUCCUUGUGGUUUUCAUUUAGAUUAAAGCUGGUGCUCCAUGGAUGUUCUUCCUUUGUGGCUUUUUUCCCCUAAAAAUAUGAUUUAUGUUCAGUUCAUAGCGGCCAGGAGAUAGAUUCUUUGCCUUUGUGGGUGCACAAAUCUCAUUAGAUUAUCUGCAAAUGACAAUGAUGAGCAUUUUAUGUAGGGGGGAGUGAGAUCUAGAGGUGGUUUGUAUGGCUUUGCUCUUUAAAAAAUGAUGAUUUAUGAUUUACUUUUGGGGUGGUGUUUUGUUGUUUUUUCAGGAGGAAAAUGAGUGGGGCUUUUGUUUAUUGUUUUUUUUUAUUUGAUUAUUAUGAUUACUAUUAUUAAUUUUUUUUAGUAUUUAUUCCUGACAUGCUUUUUUAAUACAUCAUAAUUCUGUUAACUUGUGCAUAUACCAACACAAUGUAGAAUUAUGUGCUGAUAACCAGAUUUUUCUUUCAUUACCUUUAAAAAAUGCCAUUCUAGUAACCACAUUCUGGUAAAUUCCAGAAAUUAGAGAAAACACUUUUACCUUUACUCAUAAGUAAAACACUCAGGUCUGAUAAUUGGGAGUUUCCUAGUCAAAGCAGGUGUAUUUUAGGUUGAGUGUCAGUUUUUUUAAGCUUGCAAACUUUGAUGUGGUUAUUCCUUUUGUUAACUCCCUUUUCAAAUUUGCCUCCUGUUAAUGUUUACCAGUUUGUAUUUGGAAAGAGCAGGUUGAUAACUUUAGUCUAGACAUUGUGAAACAACACUGGGGUAUGAAAAGUAAAUUUUAGCAUAGUUACUUAACUAGAAAAAGUCUUUUUUUCUUUGCCAUCUUUCUUGGGGGAUAAGAAUGAAUGGCGCUUCCCUGUCUUCAGUAAAGGAGUAAAUUGUCCUCAAGAAUCUUGGUUUUUUUUUUUCUUUGCCUGAAAAAGAUCUUCAGUAUGAUAUGAUGCAGUUCAGAUAAGAAACAUUUUUAGGUCUUUUCCUAAAAAAUGUCCUGAAAAUGGAAGAGGCAUAGGAACCUAAAAGAAAGUCUCAGUUACCACUGUUUAUACAUUCCACAGAGGUGAAAUUGAUUCCAAAGCUUGUUUUCUGUUCCCUUCAAUUUCAAAGGAAAUUUUACACGUUGUGCUUCAUUACAAUAAAUCAGAAAGGAUACGUGUGCACAUUAAUAUGGAAAACAGUUUAUAUAAACACAACUCCAUGGCUUAAUAAGCUCUCUGAAGGCAUUGCUUCAUUAUUUUUUACUUCAUGACUUGCUUUUGGGUUCUCUUGCCUUCAUUUUCCAUUUUUAAGCUUAUCUGAACAUUAAACAUGAAAACCUAAUGAUGUCACAUCAGUCAAGCAGCUGUCAUUUGAGGGCUCUAAAGUUUCUUUUCUCUCCUGCAUUUGAUUCCAAAGUCAUCUUCUUUCCCUGAUGCUUGGUAGGCUCAGCUUGUUCAAUCAGAUUUAAACACCUUGUCUCUCCCUACACACCGAAACAACCCAAGGUUGUGUUGGAUACUAAAUUAUAAUUAAUACAGGCCAAUAAAUGAAGAUUAUUUAAAAGCACUUUCAGCAAAUACUGAAGUAUUUUAAAAGAUGCAGAUUCCUUGAAGAAUUCUGGGUUUUUUCAUAGAAUCACUUUAAGGAGAAGUGUGAGUUCAGUGAGAAUUGAGGCAGAGUAAGAGACCUAAAAACUUCCACGUGAGCUGGAUUCACCUGAGCUGCCUGCAGGGACCCAGAGCUGGAUUUAGCUCUGGUUAGGCUUAGGUUUAGGCUCCUGGGGUGUCCUCUGUGGCUUCAGGAUGAGGAUGCUCUGGAGCCUUUUCCUUCCCAUGCAGAUUUCUGGGGUACCUCUGAUGUCAGAAAAGGCACCAGCCUGCCCUGGAGCCAGGGAAGAGAAUCAGCAUUCCAAGUGGGAAACAUCUCCUAAAGGUUUUAUCCAGGCAGUUUGUGCCUUCACUUCAAAAUGCAGUUUAUUAAAGCAGUUAGUCUUGCUGGGUGGCAUUUGUCUGAUUACUUUAGGGAAUAUACAGUGCAUCUAUAGAGCUUUUCUGUAAUAAAAUAUUUUCUUCCUUUACACUUUAAGCUGAAAUUAAAAUGUGUUUUUUAUACUCCAGUUAUGCUCAGUUUCUCUGUAGUUUAUCAUUAGGAAAAAUAGUCUUCAAAACUUUAACCUGAAAAGUGUGUGAAAGGCAAUAUUCAGUGGUAGCCUUUAGGUUGUUGUUUUUUUUAAAUAAAUAGUUCUAUAUAUUUCAUUUUAUUGAUUAAAUGUAUAGAAAGGGAGAUAGUUCAUCUGAGCUUCUUUAGAGCUCUGCAUUUGUUUGCAGGGAUGAGAACUCUGUAUCUUAUACACAUAUAAUGAGGCAGAUAAGGAGUGCAAAUAAGUGAUUUUCUUUUCUAUAACAGUUUGUCCAAGUAGGGCUAAAAUAAUAGCAAGGAUCCUGAUUAUAAGGGUUCUGUUAAUUCAUCAGAAUUCCAUGCUCUCCACAAAAAAAAAGUUGUAUUUGGAAUUAUGAGUCUUUACAGGAAGUAAUCAGGCAGCAAAUGUCUCUUUGGCAUGUUGCACCAGCAAACCAGGCACAAGAGGACUGCAAUGCCUAAAAGUUGAUUUAAAGUGGACCGUUUUACUCGAAACAGCAUCUCCAGAGUCAUCUUAAUGCAAACAGGCAUCUGAGCCAUCCUGAAAAAUCAUCAGCUUUCUUGGAGUAGUCAGGGAUUUGUCUGGCAUGAAGGAGCUUGGAGGGUUUAUGGGCAGCAGGGAGAGCUGGGCAUGGAAAAGGCACUGGAAGUGAUGUUAGGAGGCUUCAGGGAAAAGCAUGGCCUGAAAUCCAAGUGUGCUGGAGAGUGGCACAGUGCAGAGGUGGAAGGAGUCAGAAACGUGUCUGUGUAGUACCAGAAGUGCUGGGUUUGAUGCUUGUAGACUGAUUCCCCUCCUUUUUUUUUUUCCUUAAUUGAGUAGGAGCAACAGUUGGGUGGGCAGGAGAAAGUGUAGCUGAGGGAGGAUUGUGAGUUCCAUGCACAUGUGCUGUAAAUAGGCCAAGUCUGUUCUCAUGUGCCUGAGAAACAUUUCCUGCUCUGGAGGAGCACAGCAUUUUGCAGCAGAAAGGAACCAGAGAGAAUCCCUCUAGAUUUGUUAAAUACUGCAAUUUCAGUUCUCUUCACCCAGAGGUUUGUAGCAGUUCAGUGCAGGCCUGUGUUGAAGAGAGUUGUAAAGGCACCAGGUUCGAAAUUGGCUCCUUGUGUUUUCAGGGAGCCCCCUCUGAUUUUAUUUUUUUGGUGUGAAUAACUUCCUGUAGAGCCCUCAAUGAUUUACAAGUGUUCUAAACCCAUCUGGGGGUGUAAAUCUGUAACUGUCCCGUUUCCAUGUGGGUCCUGAGCUAGGAAUCCCUAGGAUGGGGCAGAGAUUGGCAGGAACCACUCCAGAAUCAUCUUUUCUUUUUCUGGAUCUCCAGUAGCUGCUUUGCAUUGCUGCUGCCACCAUCAGCAGCAGUUACUGGGGGAGCACAGACAGAGCUGACACCCAGGGCUGUUCUGGCUUUUUUUUCUGGAUUCCUUUGGGGAUGUUCUGGAGCCAUGUGCUCCCUUCUCCUUCUCUGGAAAUACCUUGUCUCUUCAGAGCCAUUUCAUCAUUCCUGUGGCCCAUCUGCCAGUGAGGAAUUCCCAGUACAGAAUAGUGCAGCUCUGGUGAAAAAGAGGGAAUAAAGUAACAUUAAUAACUCCUGAUCCUCCCACUGCUCAGCUCUGUUUGCCCUCUCACACCAAAUCUGCCACGCUACACUUGUAGCAAACCACAAGUGCCCCUGUGGAAGGAAGAGUAAGGCAGCAAUAGGAAGCAAAACAAAGAAACCUCUUUGUGAAAAGAGGGAAGUUUUGUGUCAUAAUUAUUUUGUUACAGUUCGACUGUGGAAGUUUGCUGAGGAAUCAGCCCUUAGUGCAACCUAAAGAGGAGCCCUGGAUUCUGUUCCUUAUCAGUUCAAAUGCUUGGAGUUCUUGCUUCUCUGUUCCACAGCUAUUUAAAACUUGAGUCUGAUUUCCUCUUACUGACAGAUUUAUUUUUUUUUCCUUACUGAGGGUGUUGUUGGUUUACUGUGUCCCUCAAGCUCUGCUUUCUUGCUCAGAACUCAGUAGGAUUUUUUGGUUUAAAAAUGUUUUAACACCAUGUGUGGUGCCAUGCCCAGUUCAUAAACUGAAACAAAGGAACCACUUUGAUCUGCUAAAUGGAGGAUAAAAUAAUUUGGGAAGACUCUUGUUUUGAUUUUACAAAUUAUUUCUGACUGUUACCAGCUCAUUAAAAGUAGUUCAUAUCUUUUUGGUGUCCCACUCUUGUUUUGAUUUUACAAAUUAUUUCUGAAUGUUACCAGCUCAUUAAAAGUAGUUCAUAUCUUUUUGGUGUCCCAAACCAGGUAUUUUUCUAAUCAACAGUUAAUAAUUUCCUUUUUUUGUUGUUGUUGUUGUGAAUGAAAUAACUUUGAGCUAAUUAUUGAACUGUUGACUAAUACAAAAAUGAAAAAAUGUCAGAUGGAAGGGGCUGAUGUUGCAUUAUCUUUGAGCAUUAUUGGUACAUGAGCACUUCUCACACAAGCAGGUCCCAUUAGCUUGAUCAAAAGUUUAUGGAAAAACGAAAACAUUCCCAGGAUACUUUAAUGUGCCAUCAAUAACAAAGAGAUAAUGAAUCACUGAUAGUUUGUUGGGAGUGGGGGAGGGCUGUGGGUGAGCUCAGCUGAUAAUGCAGUUUUCAAACAUUGCUGCUGCUCAGGAUUACGCCAGGGUAAAAUCCAGCAUCAGCUGCUGCAGCUGUUUGAGCUCUUUUGCACCUGCAUUGUGUUUUUUGUUCUGAAAUUCUGAGCAGAAGCAAUCAAUGCACAUAGUUUAGAGAAAACACUGAUUUUUCUUACUCGCAGAAAAGCUUCAUAGUAGGAGGAGGAUGUUAGCUAACUGUGAACUAGCUGAAGUUGGGAACUCCUGGCUGUCCACGUUUCCUCUGUGAAUCCAAAUGCUUGUGUGCCAGCCUGGGGAGUUCCUGCUUAGGAAUGGAUUCAGCAGAACCUCUGAACCCCUGUGGAGCUGCAAGCAUGUGAAUAAACCCACAGAAAUUGCUUAUUCAUCUGCUUCGAGUUGGGCAUUUUUUGCUGGAUUGAGACUCAGAGGGGAGUGGGGGCAUUCUCUAACUGUUUUUUGCAGUAGUUUUGCAAGCAGGUUUUGUCUCGAGUUUUCUUUUUGUUUUUAAGGAGAACUUUAGUUUUCAAAGUGUAUUCUAAAGAAAAUUUAGAGCCCUCUUUUAGGCAUCCUUUUUCUGCAUACAACUUGAUUAAUAAUAAUUUUAAACAUGUAUUUAAUAAAACAUAGACUCAGUUUUGUCUGAAAAUGUAUUACAAUUUAUUUCUGCCAUUUUUGUGUAAAAUUUACAGAAACAGUGUUACAUCGUGCGCUCCAAAGGUAAUGUCUCAUUCCUCUAAGGCUGUGUCCUUUCCUUUUCUUUCUGUUUUUCUCUUUCUUGUUUUUCUGAUCAUAUUGUUAUAUGCAUUGAACCCUUUCUUAGGCCUGAGGUUCUUUGGGGGGGGUGGGUGAGAACAUACUUUUAUAAAAAAAAAUCAUUUUCUCUUCAGCAGUAUCUUAAACCAAUUGAAACUCGAGUGGAGAAAGGUAUUGGUCCUUCUGUAAAUAACCUGCAUAACAGUGUCUAUUAAAAGGCAGAUUUUGAAUGGUUUAAAUGAUGAGAGCUCUAUAUAGAAAUGUUUUAAUAAAGUAUUAUUUUGGGGGGAUGAACUCAUCAUGGCUUUGGGUUUCCAUGGUGCCAAGACAGGAGGUAGGUUUGCUCCUGGUUAAGUUCUGAAGCCAAAGCAAAUAUUCAAGGAUUGAUGCAGAAAACCUUGGAAUGCCUUUUUAAAGUGCACCUCUGCAGAAUAAAUGUCAGAUUACAGCCCUGACACUGAGGUGAGAAAACUUUCAAAGGCACCACAAGGAUUUGGGCUGUGUUUUCCGUGGAAGUUGUUCAGCCACCCAAGUCCUUGUGGUGCAUCUGAAAGGUUUCCCUGUGGGACAAAGCUUCUCCUGGAGUUCUCUCUUGGUGAACAAGGACAAAACCCUGUCCAUUUUACCUCUCGGACUGCCAGGGGAGUGGGGCAGCCUCUGCACGGGUUUUAAUGCACCAACCACCCCUUCCUCUGCUCAGUAAGCACCCAAGGCAGCUCCUGCUUAGGUAAUUUGCUUAAUUAGUCUCCAAUGCUGCUGCAGCGUGGCAGGAGCACCUGCAGCCUCCCCAGCCCUGGUUUGGAGCCUGUUGCUGUUUCCAGCUAAUUCUAAACCCUCAGUCUUCACUACUGUUGGUUUCAUUGAACCCACUUCUGGUUUUUUUCACCCCUUUAAAUCAGCUUCAUAAUUAAAGCCACUUAAACUGUUUACUUAGCAGCAGGUUGUUAACACAGUUAACUCUUGCUUCAAGAGCUUCAAAAGCCAUAAGGAUUUUUCUUUUUGUAACAAUAUGCUGUGUUAGCAAGGAAAAAUCAAAGAACACCCACUGCUAUUGAAAAACUUAAUGUUGUGUUAAUAGCAUUUCUUCCCCUGUGUUAACCCAAAGAAACUUUCUGGAUUAUUCAGUAUUACAGAAGUGGGUGGGCUGGUUGACAUUUGGAGCUUAAAAAAAAAAAAAAUCAAGAGUGUAAACACUCCUGAUUCACAGUUCCACCUUUUGGGAUGUCUUCAGCGCUGCAGGGUUUUGUGACCUAAUAGUUCAAAACUCGAGGGAAGAGAGGCGUUUAAGAAGUAAUAUCUUAUUCUAGCAGUAAAAAACUGACUUCUUCAUACCAAAUCUGUGUUACUGUAAAUCUAGAAAUAUCACCUGUGAUUGUUUAUUUAUUUUGAGAGAGGGGAGUUCAUUGGAAGAAGGCUUUAAAAGCACAAUAGUGCUUGGAAGGAGAGAGAAAAGAAUGUUUUCAGAAGUGAUUUCUACUUUAUUUCUCCCCCAGUAUCUAAGCAGGUUCUGAUGUUCUUUAUUCAAUAUUCCUGCAUAGCAGGAUCCCCUGUGCAGCAGGAAUUUGAGCUCACUUGGAGAAGUAACUUGAGUUUGCUUUUAGAAAAGGAUUCACAGCAUUAGAAUCCAAAAGAUUUGUACAAAAGGCAGUUGCAUUUUCCAUUCAGGCUCAGUGUGAGAAGCUGAAAAAUAGGGAGGAAAUCUGCAUUUAUCAGUGAAGUGUAGGUGGCACAGAAUGUCUGCUGUUGAUUUUGGGAAGCCUGUGAGUUUUUGAGUUGAAGUGUUUGAUGAUUUAAGACAGAAAUAUUGCUUUGUAUUCUGAGUCAGGAGGCCAAGCAGGUAAAUGGGGAGCGAGAAAGAAGUGGUGGGAGGUGAGGGGAAGCAGAGAAUCUCUCACAUAUCAUAACUCUUCUUUUUUAAAAUAAACUGUCUUUAAAGUGACCUUGCAAUCUAAGAAGCUAACAAGCUCAGAAACAUUUAAAUCCCACUGGUCACCUAAUAUUUAUCACCAAAUUGUAUCUUCUCUGUGAUUAAAAAUCAUAAAGUUACAUUAAAUGUGUAUUUAAAGACACUUGGAAAUUGUUUACUGCAUGCAUGAAAUGAUACUUGGUUCAGCUUUCAGUAUGCACACUUAGCUAAACUUCAAACAAACACCAUGUAAAAAUUUAAGAAAGCCUUUGUGUAUAAUCUGUAAUUUUAAUUUGUUAAUUCCAUGUAUUUAACUGCGCUUUUCCACUAUUUUUGUCUUACCUUCACCUCCUUUUUUUUUUUUCCUGUGUCAUUCUCCUCUUUUGCUUCAUCUGAAUCCCUGAUUUUAUUUUAUUUUACCAUCUUCCCAUCUUGCUGUUUGUCCAACAGAACAACAAAACCUGCUCCUCAUCUCGAUGGCGUGCACGUUGUCUUUGGACUGGUUAUUUCUGGCUUUGAAGUCAUAGAGCAGAUAGAAAAUCUCAAAACCGAUACUGCCAGCAGGCCCUACGCAGACGUGCGAGUCAUUGACUGCGGGGUGCUGCUCACCAGCUCAGCUAAGGAUGCUUUGGAGAAGAAGAAGAAAGUUUGCUCUGACUCAGAAGCCUCAGAGUCCUCUUCCAGUGCAUCCAGCUCUUCAGAAUCCUCAUCUGAGAGUGAGGCUGAGAAUGAAAGGAGCAGGAGGAAAAAGAGGAAAAGAAGAGCUAAAACCAAACAGUCCAGGAAACGAAGGAAGGAGGAGAGGAAGAAGGAGGAUCCAAGGUGCAAGCGAACCUCAAGCCAAAGACGCAGCCUUUCUGACAAGAGCGAUGUCGCAGACAAAGUCGACCUUAGCACCAAGCGGGACAAGCCCGUGGUACGUCCUGAAGAAAUCCCCCCAGUGCCUGAAAAUAGAUUUUUGCUCAGAAGAGAUGUGCCUGUUGUCAAUGUAGAGCCUGAACCGAAGCUUCUUGAUGCUGCACCAGUUCUGACUGACCAGAAACCAUCAGUCUCUAAGUCUGGACGAAAAAUUAAAGGAAGAGGCACAAUACGCUAUCACACCCCGCCGCGGUCGCGCUCCUGCUCCGAGUCAGACGAUGAGGAGAGCAGCGAGACCCCUCCCCACUGGAAGGAGGAGAUGCAGAGACUGCGGACGUACCGAGCACCCAGCGGGGAGAAGUGGAGCAAAGGAGACAAGUUGAGUGACCCCUGUACCAGCAGGUGGGAUGAGAGGAGUGCAUCCCGGAGAUCCAGGUCUUGGUCCCAUAACGGUUAUGCUGAUCUAAGCACUGUGAGAUACUCCAGCCAUCACAAGAAGCACAGGAAAGAGAAGAAGAAGGUGAAGCAUAAAAAGAAAUCUAAAAAGCAGAAACAUUUCAAGAAGCACAAGCAAACAAAGAAAAAGAAAACAUCAGCCUCAUCAGAUGUAGAAUCCUCACAUUCCUUCCACAGGAGGACAAAAUCAUCUUGUGAUCGUGAGAGGAAAUCUCGUUCUUCCUCAUUGUCUUCCAGGCGUUCAUCCAGGAGAGACUGGUCUAAAUCUGAUAAGGAAGACCAGAGCUUGUCAUCUUUAUCAAGCAGAGGAUCUCGAUCGUACUACAGGUCCAGAUCCAGGUCUAGAUCUAAAUCAAGAUCUUACACCAGAAGAAGUUCUAGAUCAAGAUCAGCCUCUAAAUCAUCACGAUCUCGAAGUAGGUCACGGUCAAGUUCUAACCCCAGGCAGCAAAAGACUGUUCCCAGUUCUCCACGAAAUAUUUCAGCACGGUUAAAUGACACUAAGCUGACCAAGACUGCUGAGCCUGUCCGAGCAGUGAUGCUGCCCAGUGACAAAGUUAUCGUGCCACCAGUUGUCCCAGAAAACCUCCCUGUCAUACCCUUAAGUGACAGUCCCCCACCUUCAAGGUGGAAACCUGGGCAGAAACCGUGGAAGCCAUCGUAUGAGCGAAUUCAGGAGAUGAAAGCUAAAACAACCCACUUAAUUCCCACCCAAACUAAUUACAAUUUAGUGGUCAUUAAGGAGGCCAACACUUCUUCCUCCUAUCGCAAGCAGGAGAGGAGCUCCGAGAGCGAUCGGAGCGGUUAUUCCAAAGGCCGCAGCGACAGGAGCUCGGAGAGCUGGCCGAGGUCCAGGAGCAGGUCCUCUCGAAGCCGCUCCUACUCGAGAUCUUACUCAAGGUCUAGAAGCCCGUCGAGCUCGAGGACAAAAUCUCCUUCUUCUGGCCGGUCACCGUCCCCGAGUAAAUACCGCAGUGACAGGUCGGGGUACAGCGAGUCCACGUCUGACUAUUCCCUCAGCGAUGAGGACAGGCGCAGGAACAAAAGGAAAUCCACAUCCAGCGAUCCCAAAGCUCGGGGCCUCAAACUGAGGCAGGAAGCGAGCUCUGAUAGCACUUUGCCUUACAAGCAUCCAAAGGACUACGAUGAGUCUUCCCAAGGGUUGAAGGAGAGUGACAGUUUGUCAUCCUCAGACUUCUCCUCCGACAGCGAGCGCUCCGCCAAAGCCAAAGCGGUCCAAGAAAAAGAAGGCCGCUUUCCGUUAGAAGGGGAUGCUGAGAAACAGGAUAAAAAUAGCUUAAGUUCUGAGAGAGGGGAGGAGAAAGCCAAGGGUGAGCGGGAUUCUGAUCUCUCCAAAAAGAAAGCAGCUAAGGAGAAAUGCUCGGAGCAGCCCAGAGGCGGUGCAAAAACGAAACGCAAAUCCUACUCAGGUAGCAAAUGGGACUCGGAGUCAAACUCUGAAAGAGGAGAGGCAAAGCAUAACAGGGGGGAUUCCAGACCCUCCUCUGGGAAAGAAGAAGGAGAGGCCACCUCAGGGUCUGACACGGAGCUUAGUGUUACCAAAAGGAUAAAAAAACAAUCCAAUUCCUCAGAGGGCAUUGUGGGUUCUGACUGCGCAUGGAAGACGAGCAAACGGUUGUCAUCUUCUGAGUCUGAGAGUUCUUGUUCUAGCUCAGCAGACACUCGAAGCAAGUUGAAAAAACACAAACAUGGGUUGAAAAAGACUCCUAAAAAAUCACAUUCCAAAAAAGCAAAAGAAAAAUCGAAAGGCAAAAAGGAGAAAAAACACAAAGUCCAGAAAAGAAAAGAAAUGUUUCAUUGGCAGCCCCCCCUUGAGUUUGGAGAAGAAGAAGAUGAUGAGAUAAAUGAAAAGCCGGUUACCAAGGAUGAUAAAAAAGAAAAGCAGCUUAGCAGGGACAUAAAGGAUAAAAAACAAGUUUAUGAAAAGGAUGAAAUAAUCACAGAUAAAAUGGGGAAUGGUGAAAAGUCAUGUGUGAAUGAAAACCUUUUAGAUAAAAACACCACAUGUGGGGCCUCGCCAGAUCGCAGCAACCUUAAUAAAGAGCCCAUUGAAACAAGCACUUCAACUGGUAUUUUAAACUCGGGAAUAAACGUGGCUGUCUGCAAGAGUGAGAUUAAACAAGCUGAAGAAAAUAACCAGAAUGGGCUGGAAGAUGUUAUUCAGACAGAUGACAACAUGGAGAUUUGUACUCCGGAUCGUAACUCGCCAGGGAAGGUGGAUGUGGAUGUAUUGUCUCCUGUCAUUCUCACUGCUAAACCUUUAAAUGCUGGUGUAAAAAAAGAGUUGCAGGUUGAGACCCCUGAGCAAGAUGCUGUCAAACUGGGAAACAACAUAAGAGACUUUAUUAAUGUUAAAGAAGAAAAAGAAACGGGAAGGCAAGAAAAUAACUCUGCCCCUGUGUCUGGUGCUAAAGACUGUAGUUCAAAAAGUGACAUUUCUGAAAAUACACCAAGCAAUAUGGUAGACAAUAAAUGGAAACCUUUGCAAGGUGUUGGUAACUUAAAACCAACAACAAUCAGUACGACCACGGAGGUUAAAAAUGUACCAUCAGCACCAGAGCCUAAACCAGCAGGUUUAAGAAUUGAAAUAAAAGCAAAAAAUAAAGUAAGGCCUGGGUCUCUCUUUGAUGAAGUGAGGAAAACAGCCCGGCUAAAUCGUCGGCCAAGGAACCAAGAAAGUUCCAGUGAGGAGGAAUCUCCGAGCAGAGACGACAACAGCCCUUCCAGGAGUCUCAGCAGGUCACGAAGUAAAUCUGAGUCUAAAUCCAGACACAGAACCAGGUCCAUAUCCUACAGUCACUCGAGAAGUCGAUCCCGAAGUUCUACAUAUUCAUAUAGGUCCAGGAGCUACUCGAGGAGCCGGAGCCGGGGCUGGUACAGCCGAGAUCGCUCCAGGAGCCGGAGUAGUUCCUACCACAGUUACAAGAGCCGUAGCCGGAGCUACAGCAGGAGCCGAUCCCGGAGCAGCUCCUAUGGUCACCACAGUCGAUCCAGCAGGUCCUACACCUAUGACAGUUACUACAGCAGGAGUCGGAGCAGGAGCAAGAGGAGCGACAGCUACCGGAGAUCUCGGAGCUACGACCGGAGAUCCAGGUCCUACGGCUCCGACAGCGACAGCGAUCGCAGCUACUCCAACAACAGGAGCCCCAGUGAGAGCAGCAGAUACAGCUGAGAGCCUUCCUUUGAGGAUGGAAACUCUGUUCCAGAAUUUUUUCAGUGUUAUAUUCAAAAAAACUCUUCUGACAGCGUCACAAGUGAAGGUUGUUUGCUGAAUUAGCUGAAACGUUCCCGUUUAACAGUGAACUCAACUCUGCUUACAGAGAGAAGGACUGAGCUUGACAGCUGAUGUUAUUUUUUAUUUUUUUUUUAUGUCAAAUGCAACUUUUACAAAAUAAUAAUGAAAAACCCCAGUUUGGUUUCCUUGAAUCAGCUUUUCCAAGCCAUGAGUUACACUUAGGUGAAUUGCUGCUGCCACUUUUUGGGUGCAGCAGUCAGGACUGUCUUCAAGUCUGUUUAUAAACACCUUAGGAAAGAUGUGCUAGCAACUAUUAAACUGUGAAGUCAAUUUCUUAAAAAGGCUGCCAUUUCUAGUUGAAAAUGCUUUUUUUAUUGCUGGAAGCUGUUUCCAUUCUGUCUUGAUGUUGAUUAUUGCAUUCUAUACAGGAUAUAGGUGAGGAAAACAAAGCCUGCCACUCUGUCUUAAUCCCUCCUGAACUGUGGUGUUCUGGAAUUCUGCUGGAAAAAGGUGAGCUGAUGCCCAGUGGGAACUGUCAAACUGACAAGCAGUGAGCAAAAGCGUGAUGAAUGAGUUUGGAGCUUAAUAUCCAACUUGUCUAAACUUUUUAUGUUUUACAGAGGAAUUUUGUGAUAAACAGCAAUGUCCUUCAGAGACUAAAAAUGUGUUUCCAAACACUUCCUGACUUUGAUUUCAGUUCCUAUUACAGUGCUUGGCGUCCUUCAACACAUUUUGAGUGUUGUAAGCCAUGAGUGUAUCAUGAGUUUGUCCAAAGCACUUUUCAAACACUGACAUGAUGAUAAUUGUUUGAGAAAACCAGCUAUAAAGGUUCCUUCAUAAAAGCUCUAUCCCAUUCACCAUAGGGAAUAUCAGAUACUGAUAUUGCAGAUACUGAACUAUAUCUUGGUAAAGCAGGACUACAAAAAUACUGGGAUGCCUCAUAAAAAGCAUGAACAAUACCUUCAAAGUAAAGUUUAGUACCAAAAAUUACUCUUAAGUUACAGGCAAAUGGCUUGCAAAAAUAUAAAUAGACUCAAGCUGAAGACCACUGAGUAAUUCUUGCAAUAUUCUGAUUCAGUUGAUUUAAAAUAAUCUGUAAAAUUUUUGGGGAGGUUUAGAAAGUUGCGUUCUGAGAACCAGAUUUUUUAAUGGCAUAAUGUAACCUGAAAAUUGGGGUCUGUAGUGACAAAACAAAUGUGGUUUGAUUAGAGCCAGUGAGCACUGUUGUACCAAACAGUUUCCGUUGCUGACUUUCUGUAAUAUCUGGAGAUGCUUUCAUUUGCUCAUUUUCAAAUAUUGGAAAAUAUUUUUCUAAAUCUCAUCAGGACCCAGUAGCUUUGAAAAUUAAAAGCAGUAAUUUCUCGCUGAGGCAGCAAUUCCUUCUCUCUUUGAUUGAAUUAAGCUCCACAAAAUUUGGUGAUUUUUUUUUUUGGUACACUUAUGAAAAGCAAGUUCAAAGGGAGAUGGUGAUGAUUCCCUCCAUUUCUGUCCAGCCACAGCACAUUCCUGAAAUUGAAUUGGCCAUGGAGGUUUUUCACUUUUCUAGAAGUACUCAAAACUCUGCUCUUACCCCUUUCUUACACUUAAGAGUUUAGUGACAAAGUGUGUGCAUGCAACCCUUCCACCCUUUGGUAAACCUCUGAUGUUUUUUAGCAUUAAAUACAUUUAAUACCCAAGUCAGGAUACAUUUACAAACACGUUUCUAACAGCAGGAGCCAUCUCUGAGUCCUGAACAAAUACUUCAGUCAUAUUUGUUGCAGAUUCAUCAUUUUCAAACAACUGCAACUUGGUUUUUUUACCUUACUAAGAAAAUAGAACUAGAGGGUUCAUGAUGUUACAAAAUAUACAAAUAUAACCAUUAUUAUUCAAUACCUAUUAGUGAAAAUAUUGCUCCAGGAUCAGAUUUUUACCAUAUUUCAGAUUUGACUUUUUAAGGCCAGGAAAAGGUAAUAGAAAUACGGUCAAACAAUUAACUGUAGUUAUCAAAAAUUACUGCACUGUCACUGAAGUCUUUCAUAUCUUUAGUCAAAGGUUUAUAAAGAAAUUCCAUCAGGUAGAGAGUGGUUGGGGAGGGGUUGAGGGAAGGGUUGGGGGUAUUUUUACUUAGUGAAGUCUGUUAAAUUGUGCUUCAGAUGGAAAAUGUCCCCCUGAGCUGGUUUUCUAACGCUGCUCUAUGUUUUUGCAAUUUUGUUAUUCCAAAGUAGUUGCUGUUUGUAAAAUAAACUUUUGUACAUAUCUGCAAAUGCUGUUUUCUCUGCAUCUGGAAAAAUCCGUGGCGCUGCUUGAAGGAAACGGGCAGGAAAAUUAAAAAUACACUUUCAGAA